AGCUUCCGGGAAGUGAGCACUUCCCGGACGGUUGCCGAAAAAAAUAAUUUUGGCGUAUAUUUCCGAACAAUCCAAGAAAGUUAAGUCGUCGUCUUUAUGAUCCUACUAUUCGCAACUUAUGAAAAUGUUGGCUCUGAAAGAAAAAAUAGACAUCGGCAGAUUUCACCAAGUCACCGCCUUUUUGAAGCAACAUUCCAGGGGAUACGUACUCGUAGCAAAGAAGUCGAAGGUAUUCACAAGAGAGGAGUUUGAAUACUUUUUAGAUGCCGCUCCUGAUAAGCAAUAUUUAUUGAUAAAGGUAGUUUUUAUUAUGGGUGUUGCUGGAGGGUGUAGAAUCGGCGAGCUGGUGACUAUGACCGUAGAUGACGUGGAAGAUCGGGGCAGCGUAUUGGUUAUUCAGAUUCCAGAUACGAAAACUUAUAAGAAAAGAGUGUUCACUGUGGUCAAUGGUACUAAUAAGGUUGCUGCACUCGAUAUAUUCCGCAAGUAUAGGAACUUGAGGCCAAGCAAAGUUGAUCACAAGCGACUAUUUAUAAAUUAUAAAAAUGAAAAAUGUACCGUCCAGCCUGUUGGUGUGAAUACAUUUUCGAAAAUGCCCGUUACUAUUGCAAAGUAUUUGGGCCUUUCUGAUGCUGAACAAUAUACAGGGCACAGUUUCAGUGGUUCUUCUGCAACCCUACUCGCAAAUUCUGGGGCAGAUUUGACAGUUUUGAAAAGACAUGGUGGAUGGCGCUCAAGUUCUAUUGCAGAAGGAUAUAUUGAAGAUUCACUACAAAACAAAAUAAAUAUUUCUGAACAAAUACUUGGUGGGGUCACAAAAACCAGAGUUCCUGAUGCAGAAAUGGAUAUUCCAGCAGGGCCUGAGAAGUCCUCAAACACAUGUGCUAUAACGACUGAGCGUGUUUCCUUUGGAGGAGGUGCAGGUUUCCAGUUCCAUUUUCAAAAUCUUAAUAAUUGUAAUUUUUACUUUAAUGAUAGAAAUGACUGUUAAUGUAGAAUUUUUGAUAAAU